CACACCGGCAAAAGCUAAGGAAGCAUGGCCGCAGCCUCAGAGCUGGAGACCCCGCCUGAAGGCCCGCUGCUGCUGGCCACCGCGCUGCUGGCCGCGGGCUCCACGCUGGGUCUGCUCCUGGGCCGCGGGCUGGGGGCGGCGGACCGCGGAGCGCUCGCCUGGCUUUGCUACGACGCCCUGGUGCACUUCGUGUUGGAAGCACCUUUUGUCUACUGGUCUCUCGUAGGAAAUAUUGUAGAUUCACAGGGCUGGAUUGCUUCAUUGUGGAAAGAAUACAGCAAAGCUGAUGCACGGUGGCUUCAUUCUGACCCCGUCAUCCUGUCUGUGGAAAUCCUGACUGUUAUCCUAGAUGGACUUCUGGCUUUGAUCCUCAUUUAUGCCAUCAUUAGAAAGAAACAUUAUCGGCAUUUUGUGCAGAUCACCCUGUGUGUGUGUGAAUUGUUUGGAUGCUGGAUGACCUUUGUCCCAGAAUGGCUUUUGGGAAGCCCCAACCUCAAAACCAACAACUGGCUCUACUUGUGGGUUUAUCUAGUAUUUUUCAAUAGUAUAUGGGUUCUGAUCCCAGGACUGUUAAUGUGGCAGUCAUGGGUCGAUCUCAGAAAGAUAUAUCACAAAGGAACUGGUUCAGUAAAGAAGUUUCAGUGAGCCUCCCUUAAACCCUGUUUUCAUGCUUUAUUUUUAGUUGUAAUGGCCAAACCUUUUUGGGUUUUGUUGUUCUGGAUUGGCUUGGUUUCUUUGGCCCACACCCUAUAUUACUCAGGACUUAUUCCUGGCUCUGCCCUCAACUAUUUUGACCAUAUGAAUAUAGCCGUGCACUUUGGUUAACUCCAAAGCAUGUUUGUGCCCCAUAUGGACUUGGCAUGUGGAAGGUGCUACCAUCUGGCUUUGUGUAAGAACACUGACAAGGUGAUCUGAGAAGUAUUUCUCAGUAUAACCCUCCCAUUGAAUACCCAUUCUCCACUUUUUUUGUUUUUUGGUUUUGUUUUUGUUUUUGGGUCACAACCUGUGGCGCUCAGGGGUUAUUCCUGGCUCUACACUCAGGAAUCGCUCCUCCUAGCAGCUAUGGGGGAACCAUAUGGGAUGCCAAGAUUCAAACCACCAUCCAUCCUGGAUUAGCUGUGUGCAAAGCAAAUGCUCUACUGCUGUGCUAUCUCUCAGGCCCCUCUGCUUUCUUUUUAUGUGAUUAUUCCUAAGCCACCUAUUUAAAAAACUCAAAGGUGACAAGUUUUCACUGUUGCUUAUUUCAAUGAAAUAGCAAUAUAGGGAACAGAAAAUAAUUUUUUUUUUUGGAACCCAGCAAUGCUCAGAGCUUACUUCUGGCUGUGCUCAGGGCUCACUCCUGGUGGUAUGCAGGGGACCAUAUGGAAUGCUGGGGAUGGAACUUGUGUCAGCAGCAUGCAAGGCCUUAC